UCUGUCGCCUUCCUCCUCCUCCUCGGUUUGUACUUGGACCGGGCAGCUAGCAGCGGCGUGGCCCAGCACUGAACCUACGACACCGGGAAGUAGCAGCGUUAUUUAAAAUAACCGCGAGUAACUCUUUCAAGUGCAAGCGACUGUCUGCAGAAAACAAUCCGUAAACCAUGACUAGCUACCACAAACCCGACGAGAAGACCCUGCAGGGGCUGAAAGACAUCGCCAACAAGCUGAGGAUCCACUCCAUCAAGGCAACAUGCGCCUCCAACUCUGGCCACCCCACGUCAUGCUGCAGCGCAGCAGAGCUCAUGUCUGUGCUCUUCUUCCACACCAUGCGCUAUAAAGCAGAUGACCCUCGCAACCAGUGUAACGACCGCUUCGUGCUGUCAAAGGGCCAUGCUGCACCUGUCCUUUAUGCUGCCUGGGCAGAGGCUGGUUUCGUGAAGGAGUCUGACCUUCUCAACCUGCGCAAGUUUGACUGUGAACUGGAGGGGCACCCCACACCAAAACUGGCUUUUGUUGACGUGGCUACAGGAUCUCUGGGACAGGGUCUUGGGGCUGCCUGUGGGAUGGCCUACACUGGCAAGCACUUUGACAAAUCCAAUUACCGCGUAUACUGCAUGAUGGGUGAUGGAGAGUGUUCAGAGGGCUCAGUGUGGGAGGCCAUGGCCUUUGCCUCCUACUACCAGCUGGACAACCUGGUAGCUAUCAUGGAUGUCAAUCGGCUUGGUCAGAGUGAGGCUGCACCACUGAAGCAUGACAUGGAGACCUAUCGCAAGCGCUGUGAAGCCUUCGGGUGGAACACGUAUGUCGUGGACGGGCACGAUGUGGAGGAGCUGUGCAAAGCCUUCUGGCAGGCUCAGCAGGUCAAGGGCAAACCCACCUGCAUUGUUGCCAAGACAUUCAAAGGCAGAGGACUCAAAAAUAUUGAGGAUCAUGAUAACUGGCACGGAAAGCCCAUCCCUAAGGACAAGGUAGAUGAGCUCCUGAAUGACCUCAAGUCACAGAUCCAGGUCCCUAACAAGACCCUGUCCCCUGAGCUGCCCAGUGACGAUACAGCCCCUGCAGACCUAAGCCUCAUCUCCCUGCCUUCACCCCCAGCAUACAAAAAGGGAGACAAGAUGUCAACAAGGCGUGCAUACGGUGUGGCUCUGGCCAAGAUGGGCCAGGCAAGCCAGAGAGUGGUUGCCCUUGAUGGAGACACCAAAAACUCUACGUUCUCGGAGACCUUCAAGAAGGCGUUCCCUGAACGUUACAUUGAAUGCUUCAUUGCUGAACAGAACAUGGUUGGAGUGGCCAUAGGCUGUGCCACCCGUGACCGCACUGUUGCAUUUGCUAGCACAUUUGCUGCCUUCUUCUCUAGAGCCUAUGACCAGAUUCGUAUGGGAGCCAUCUCUCAGUCAAAUGUCAACCUGGUAGGGUCCCACUGCGGAGUCUCCAUUGGUGAGGAUGGUCCUUCCCAGAUGGCCCUGGAGGACCUGGCCAUGUUCCGUGCUAUCCCAACAUGUACUGUGUUCUACCCCAGUGAUGCAGUGUCCACAGAGAGAGCUGUCGAGCUAGCAGCGAACACAAAGGGUAUCUGUUUCAUCCGUACCAGCAGACCAGACACUGCAGUCAUCUACUCUCCAGAUGAGAAGUUGGAAGUGGGCAUAGCCAAGGUGGUGCGCCAGUCUGCCAAAGAUGUGGUGACUGUGAUUGGAGCUGGUGUUACUCUGCAUGAGGCCCUUGCUGCUGCUGAUAUGCUGGCCAGUGAAGGGAAAAACAUUCGUGUGAUUGACCCGUUCACCAUCAAGCCCCUGGAUGCCUCUACUAUUUUGGCCAGUGCCAAAGCCACAGGAGGACACAUUAUCACUGUGGAGGACCACUACAAGGAGGGUGGUCUCGGUGAAGCAGUGCUGUCAGCAGUGGGCUCGGAGCCCGGCAUUAUCGUGACCCGGCUGGCAGUGAGCGGUGUUCCCCGCAGCGGAAAACCCCAAGAGCUUCUGGACCACUUUGGCAUCAGCGCCAAGUACAUUGCCCAGGCAGUUCGUCAGACCUUUGCUAACUAAGGACUGCACCUGAUCUCCCGCUCAUUGCUGUUCCCAUCACAACCACCUUUCUGCCCAACUUACAGCUACCUGGCACAAUCACAUGAAGACCUCUUAACUUGUCUGCUCUAGUGCCAUCUUGUCUUUGAUUCGAGUGCAGUGUGCUAACCCUGUAUUGUUGCUAUCACAGAUUGAGAGAGAUGGGGAUAGGAGUGCAGUGUGGUGUCUAAAUGGCCCAGAUCACUGAAUACUGUAAAUGUGGUAUGUUGGGAGUUGUUGAACCAGCAGCCCGUCCAGGUUCUGAUCCUUUGUGAACUGUCAGGCCACGACUUUGUUGCAUUCCACUCAACAUUUUUUUUCCACAUUCCUUACAACCAUGCCUCAUAUUUUCUCACUUGGAAGGCUCUCUUUUUCUAUGAAGCACUGUCUGUUUCUCAUAAAUCUAAUGUACUAGAUCCCCUUUGUAGUUGUGUUCAAUCACAGCCUUUAAUGCUUGAGCUUAGUGGUAGAGAGUUGUUUCUUCAAAGCUCUAGUGUGAAAAGUUUAACCAGUUGAGUUUUGAACUGUUUGAGCAUUCCUCUAAUGAUUCCUGACCUCUCGCAUACCACACAAUGUUACUGUUGUUCCAGGUCACCGGUGUAUUGCUCUGGUGUGCUGAAUUAAAAAAUCAUUAACCCAA